CGCGCCAUGCCCUCCCUCGGCGCAAGGGGGCGAUAAAGCCCUGGCAGGGGAGGACAAAGGCUCUGGGACUCCUGAACUAGGAAAGCCAACAUGAAAGGUGAAGAAACUCGGCAGCGGAGGAAGGAAGGCCGGUCUAGAAAUGGAGAGAGGUCCAGGCACAAAACAAAGACCAAGAGUAAACAUAAAGAAAGCAAACUUGGCACCCAGGGAACAGAGGAUGGCCCUUUGCUCCUGCCUCCAAAGCAGCUGGCUGAGGCAAAAGUGCCCAUGGCAAAGCCUCAGGAGGAGUCUGCCCUUUCCAUUGGCCUACAGGUGCUCCUGCCUUACCUGCUGGCUGGCGUAGGCAUGGUCCUUGCGGGCAUGGUCUUGGAUUAUGUUCAGCACUGGGAGGUAUUUAAGACAAUCACAGAAGUAUUUAUUCUGGUUCCGGCUCUUCUUGGCUUGAAGGGUAACCUUGAAAUGACCUUGGCAUCUAGACUUUCUACUGCUGCUAACACUGGACAGCUGGAUGAUCCCCAUGAACAGUGGAAAAUGGCCACCUGUAAUUUGGCCUUGAUUCAGACACAAGCCACCGUAGUAGGACUCCUGGCAGCUGUAGUAGCCGUCCUUUUCAAGGCCAUAGCCAAAGGGUACGUGGAGCUGAACCAGGCAGCCAUGCUGUGUGCCAGCAGCGUGACGACGGCAUUCAUCGCUGCCCUCUCGCUCGGUCUGGUGAUGAUCGGUGUAAUCGUGGGUGCAAGGAAGGUCGGGAUUAACCCAGACAAUGUCGCCACCCCCAUCGCGGCAAGCCUCGGAGACCUAAUCACCCUUUCCUUGCUCGCGGGAAUCAGCAGCACUCUCUUCAAAUACAUUGAUGUGAGUUACCUUUCGCCCUUGAUCUGUGCCGUCUUCAUUGUAAUGAUCCCUCUGUGGGUCGCUAUCGCCAAGCAGAGUCCUCCCAUUGCCGAAGUCUUGAAGUCUGGGUGGCAGCCGGUCAUUGUCGCCAUGAGCAUCAGCAGCAUUGGGGGCCUCAUCUUGAACAAAACUGUGACCCAGCCAAACUUCGAAGGAAUGGCGAUUUUCACUCCUGUAAUUAAUGGUGUUGGUGGUAAUUUGGUAGCCAUCCAGGCCAGCCGCAUUUCUACCUUUCUUCAUUUCUGGAGCAUGCCUGGUGUCUUGCCAUACAAGAUGAGACAGCAGUGGCCUAACCCAUGUACCACCUUCUUUGCUUCAGGGGUCAAUUCCAAGUCGGCUCGGGUCCUAAUCCUGUUGGUGAUCCCAGGGCACCUGGUGUUCCUGUACACCAUUCAUGUCCUACAGGGAGGCCACAUAGCUCUUACCUUCAGUUUUGUGUCAUUUUACCUGAUAGCUGCUUUCCUGCAGGUGGGAAUCCUGCUCUACGUGGCUGACCUGAUCGUGCGGCUGAUGUGGCGAAAGGGACUAGAUCCUGAUAACUUCUCCAUCCCCUACCUCACUGCGCUGGGAGACCUCCUAGGCACUGGAUUGCUAGCACUUUGCUUCCUCUUGGUUUGGAUCAUCAAUGGACCGCAGAUGAAACUGGGAAACUAAAAGAGACUUCUACAACGUUGCCCUGCCCACCACUCUGACAAGUGAGACAUUCACUAUGGUGCUUUUAACACGGUCCAACAGGGUAUUAAAAGGAUAGCGGAUAUCCGUCCUCUUUGACCUCAACAUUGCAUAGUUGUGUUGUUUGAAAAUACCAAUGAAGUGAUACCAAUGAAAAAUACCAAUGAAGUAGCAUCAAUGUGGACUGCGGCCAUGUUUCGCAAUGAAAAGUUGUGAAACUGUGCUCA